AUGGCGAAGCGAAGUCAUGAUGAGUAUAUGGCGACGUCGCGAGACAAAGAUGGCAACCUUGCUGGUGUCUCGUAUAGCGAGGCACUGCAAUGUGCAGCACAUGCCGUGGAAGGUGUCAAUUUCUUGCGCAACCAUGCCUUCGAGAAGCAUAUGGUUGCCAAACGUUUCAAGCAAGACGACAGCAUGUCAUAUGCACUGCUGCCGGCGACUUGGCCUGACAAGGAGCUCCAGAUCGAUAUCAAGGGCGGCACGACACUAACACAAGGCGAACUCAAAGCUUUAUUCGAGCUCCUGGAAGACGAUAGUCGUGAUGACUACGAGGACGCCAUGGGAAGUUGGGACGACAAGGUCUUGAAGCGCGAUAUCAAGGACCCACAGAGCAAGAAUCUCGUUGUAAGAAGGCAAAGUGCGAGGGGUAAUAAAAAGCCUGAAGGCUUCCUCAGCUUCGUGAUCCGCCAUGAGUGGGACAGCACGAAUUAUGUUUCAGUAUUGCGUAUCAACCAUUUCUAUCUCGCGCAGUCCCUGCGAGGCAUGGGUGUUGGUCGCCACCUGCUCCAAGUCAUCGAGAGCGUCGCCGAAGAGGCAGAGGUUGAGCGAUUGUUUGUAAGAUGCUUCGAAGCGAACCAAGAGUCAAUCGAGUUCUUUGAGCAUAUGGGGUAUGUGAAGGACACCAGCAUUCAGGACGACCGGAAGAUGAACGAUCCUUACCAAGAGCGCAUGGACGACGCAUUGCUCUGGAAUUGGAACCUUAUUCGCCGACCUGGCGUUGACUAUAGUAAGAAAGUAGUGCCCACGGGAACUCUUGUCGACCAUAGAGAAUUGUCUCCCAGCCUCACUGGCUUGCCUGGCUCGUCAGAAGACUCUACUGACCAUGGGUCAUGA